AUGGACUUCACAUAUCCCUCCAGACGAUCGGUGGUUUACUCGGCGAAGGGCAUCGUGGCCUCCACGCAACCCCUCGCAAAUGCAGCGGGCAUCAAGGUAUUGGAAAAGGGUGGAAAUUGCGUGGAUGCGUCUGUAGCCGUUUCUGCGGUUCUAGGCCUGAUUGAGCCCGCAAGCACGGGUAUUGGUGGUGACUGCUUCGGACUGUUCUACAGUGCUGCCGAUAAGAAGGUUCACGGGAUCAACGGCACCGGGAGAUCUGCCUCGGCCUUGAGUCUCGAGCAUAUACAACAAAAUGCGCCACAGGAUAUUACCCCACAAUUCAGACUGAAAGAAGACUCGAUUUUCCAGGUAAACGUUCCGGGGUUGGUGGCUGGCUGGUGUGAUGCUGUUGAAAAAUGGGGUUCUGGAAAGGUUUCAAUGGCUGAAAUUUUGGCCCCGGCCAUCGAUCUGGCUGAGGAAGGAGCACCAGUCUCCAGUGUGAGUAGUUAUAUGUGGAAGAAGUCCGAAUCGAAACUCAAGUCAAGAAACGCAGGGUUAACCAAGGAAGAGCUGCUGCCUAUCUUACCUGACGGAGGUGAACAUGGCCCUCAACCAGGAACGCUCUACAAAAACCCUAAACUGGCUAGAGCGUUCAGAUUGGUAGCCGAACACGGAAAAGAAGGAUAUUAUGCUGGAGAAAUCGCCGAGGCCAUAGUUCACGAGAUAUCCUCGCGUGGAGGCUUGGUCUCAUUGGAGGACCUUUCCAACCACACGUCUACUUUCGUGGACCCCAUUGGAAUUGAGCUUCUGGGAAAAAAGCUUUGGGAAAUCCCACCAAGUGGCUCCGGAAUCGUGGCUUUACUUUCUCUGGGUCUUAUCAAAGAGCUCGAUCGCCAAGGAAAGACUACGCUCAAUGGGCUCAAGCACAACUCAGUGGAGUAUCUUCAUCUGGUGAUUGAGACUAUAAAACUGGCUUUCAAGGAUAGUGACGAAUAUGUGAAUGAUCCCGCCAAGUUCGCGGCUGAACCUUCUUUCGACUCACUGCUUAGUGCGGAGUAUUUCCAAAGCAGAGCCGAACAUUAUUCUUCAAGCUCAAUCAUCGACAACUCGGUGAUACGUCAUGGAGUCCCCAACCCAAUGUUCAAAUCAGAUACAGUUUACCAGACAGUUACUGACAAAGACGGAAAUGCAUUUAGCUUCAUUAACUCAGUAUACAGAGGAUUUGGAAGUGGUUAUCUCGUCAAAGACUUCGGGUUCUGUCUACAAGAUCGCGGUGGAAAUUUCAACUGCAACCCCCAAAGCAAGAACUGCAUUGCUGGUAAUAAGCGAAGCUACCACACGAUCAUCCCAGGAAUGAUCACCUCGGCCAACGAAGAGCUGUAUGCUGCCUACGGCAUUAUGGGUGGGUUCAACCAGCCACAGGCCCAUGUCCAGGUGUUUCUGAACAUGGUGCUAUUUGGGUUUGAUCCGCAGAAGGCACUGGAUGCCCCCAGAAUAUCAUUGGCAGCACAUCCAAAUCACGUUCACACUGAUCUGGGACUAGGCGCGGACGGACCUGCCAGUAAUGCCGUCACUCUGAUCAAUGCUGAGGACGGUAUCGACUUGGAGGUAGUCGCAGGACUCGAGAAACUGGGCCAUGUGGUGCAUGUAGCUAAGGGCAAUUCGAGAUCGCUCUUUGGAAGAGGUCAAAUCGUCAAGAAAGAGUCAGGAUUCUCGAAAGACGAGCCGUUGGUGUGGUCCGGAGGGUCUGAUAUGAGAGGUGAUGGAGCCGCAGUUGCGUUGAUCUGA